GGCCUGAGCGUCUACCCCCCAAUGAGGGAUCAGGGGCGGGGCCUUCAUAGGCGCAGGAAAUGGCGGCGACCAAGGAGCCUCUGCCUGCCCGUCGUCGUCAUGCCGUCCCUGUUGCUCCAGCAGCCCCUGCGCCUAUGCCGGCUGUGGCCGCGUAGCAUUUCCAUCCGACUUCUCACAGCCGCCACAGGGCAGCGGUUUGGGCUUUUUCUCCACAGGUCUGUCCCUACUAAUUACUAUGAAUUGUUGGGAGUGCAUCCGGGUGCCAGUGCUGAAGAGAUUAAACGUGCUUUCUUCACCAAGUCAAAAGAGCUACACCCUGAUCGAGACCCUGGGAACCCAGCCCUGCAUAGCCGCUUUGUGGAGCUGAAUGAGGCAUAUCGAGUGCUCAGUCGUGAGGAAAGUCGUCGUAACUAUGACCACCAGCUGCAUUCAGCCAGUCCUCCAAAGUCUUCAGGGAGCACAGCCGAACCUAAGUAUACGCAACAGACACACAGCAGCUCCUGGGAACCCCCCAAUGCUCAAUACUGGGCCCAGUUCCACAGUGUGAGGCCGCAGGGGCCGGAGUCACGGAAGCAGCAGCGUAAACACAACCAGCGGGUCCUGGGGUACUGCCUCCUGCUCAUGGUGGCAGGCAUGGGCCUGCACUAUGUCGCCUUCAGGAAGCUGGAGCAGGUGCAUCGUAGCUUCAUGGACGAAAAGGAUCGGAUCAUUACAGCCAUCUACAAUGACACUCGGGCCAGGGCCAGGGCCAACAGAGCCAGGAUUCAGCAGGAGCGCCAGCAGAGGCAGCAGCCUCGGACAGAACCCUCCCUGCCUCCAGAAAGCUCCAGGAUCAUGCCCCAGGACACAAGCCCCUGAGAGGCUUAACUAAAUGGGACCUUCAUUGGUCCUCUCCUUGCUGCCUGUCCAGAACUACACGUGCAAUAAACUCAUUUUCAGACGCC